UCGGGAAGGUGCUGGGAGUGUGCGGGCCUCAGGCCGGCGAGGCCGAUGAAGGUCCGAAACAGGGCCUGAGCCAGAGAGGGCCUGGGGCUGGGAGCCCCCGGGUCCGGGCCGACUGGAUGUGGUGUUGCCUGGAUGUGGUGUGGGCUCGGGCCGGAGGUGUGCUGCCGGCAGGGCCCAGCCCUCCCUCUCCCCAUGGAGGCAUGUCUAGCCUGGCUUUGGGCCCGUCUGCGCGCGCGCCUUUCGGGUUAUCGCUUCUCGGCCUUUUGGCUAAGAUCGUGAGAAGAUCUUAUGAGAAGCGAUCAAUACUCCAGCAGGAACCCUAAGCCAAAGGGGGAUGCUGGGAGUGCAAGAGCAUAACACGAGCUUAACACGAGCUUCUGAUGAGCUUAACACUAUGGAGCUGCAAGAAGAAGAAGGAGUCCCAGCGUUUGCCCGAGUUAAGAACUCUAUUCGGGUGGUGACGGAGCCGUCGGUGGGAGAGGAGAAGAUGAUCUACGUGGUGAAUACCCUCCUUGGGGACCUUGGCCACGUCAGGAAGGAAGAAAUCCUGGCCAUCCAGGAUUACCCCAGGAGGGGGAUAUACGACAUCACCUUCAUCGGAGAAGGGGUGUUGUCGAGUUUCCUGAGGAUUCUGCAGGAGAACAAGGAAGACACCCGGUUAGCAGGGUACAAGAUCUUCCCCCAUUUCGGUCAGGAAGAAGUGAUGUUGGUCAUCAAAUCGUACUCUCCCAAUGUGAAGAUAGGCGAAAUAGAGAUAGUGCUGGGUAAGUUCUGUGAUAAGCUCGUUUUUGUUGGCAAAAUCCUGAACAGUCUAGGAAUCUGGACUUCGAAAUUCAGGUUUAAAGCCAAGUUUAAAAAGGAUACACUUCCACCUGCAAGAUUUCAAUUGGGAAACUGGAGCCUUGAUGUUUUCUUUAAUGGCAUGCCUGGGUUUUGCAAGAAAUGUCGUAGGUAUGGCCACAAAGAAGAGGACUGUAAAUUGUGUCGAAACUGCGGAGAAUCAUCACAUGAUUCCAAGAAUUGUAAGAAUCCAAGGAAAUGCAAUUUGUGUUUUAAAGUAGGCCAUUUGUAUGCCAACUGUCCUCAGAGAGUUGGGGAGGCAGAGAAGAAAGAAGAAGUAAGAAGGGAACUGCUCUCUCAGGACCUUGGAGAGCUGCCUUCUGAGGAUUCUGCUGAUUCCCAACGGAAAAAGAGUCAAGUAAAGUCUUCAGUUAAAGAAGAAAAAAUGUCGGUGAAGAGAAAGAAAAAAGAAGAGGUGAUUGUAUCUGGAAGUGCAAAUCCAGUAAGUACAAAGCCAGUGAGUUUGGUAGAAGUGCCAAAAAAGCAAAAAUCUCGUACAAGAGGUGAGAAGUUGUACAGAUAUUGGAAAGAUCGAACCGACCAAGAGAUCCGAGAUUUCAUUGAAACCUGGUCGGAUGACGAUGAAAUCGACGAGGUGGAGAAAUGCAUUCAAGCCGCUAAAGAAAAUCAAGAUUACAGGGAAAGAGUGUUAGAAUAUAUAAAGUCUUUAAAGUGAAAUGUUA